GUGUCCAUCGACGGUGAGCCGAAGGGAGAUACCCCCAUUCCAUUGUUGGGUGUGAGGCUGAGUGAAACCGACAGCCCGCUGUUUUUUGGUCUUUCGUACACCCACGACAAAAAGUGGAGGGUGGCAUUCAACGGCAGUUUUAAGGCACCGUCGCAUGAUGACGAUGUCGAAUGGAAACCAAACACGAAAUAUCAUGUGGCACUGCAUAUGGAUUCUGAUGAUGGGUUGAUGGUGUACGUGGAUGGAGAGACGAUAUACGACAGCGAAGAUGAGGUCUAUGGACACGAGGACGAUGAGGAUUAUGAGAGCUUUCCUCAAAAGUUAAAAACGCUGUUGAGGCCCCACGGCAUCUCGCACUUCUACAUUGGCGGGGACGGCAAAAGCGAAUCGGGCAACAUUGAUGUGACGGUGAGCAACGUCCUGCUGUACAACCGCGCAUUGAAAGAUGAUGAACUUAAAGCGCUAACGAAGGCGGACGCUGUUGGCACUCCAGAGGCGAAUGUUCCGUCUUUGAAGGGUGCGCCUCAAAGCACUCAUGCGAGUGAAACUCUUAUUCAACCUGACAGUGAGACUUCUGUCAUAAAAGAAGUGAAGCAAGACGCCACGUCAUCACAGCAGAGACAAGACGCACCAGAUCGGCCACCAGAAGAGAAAAAUAAAAAGGCCGCUGCUUCGGUCACGUAUUCUGACAGCCAUGCCGUGGCCGACACAAAGAGGAGGGAGGAGCAGAUGGAGAAAGCGGCAACCGAUGUUGAUGACCUGCCGCCCCCCUUGUCUCCAGCACCGGAGGCAGCCAACGGCCACAAAUCACCCGAUGCCGAGGAUGCUCUCGGCGUGGAGCACCCUGAACAGGAGGAAGAGUCGUUGCUGCCCAUCGUGGCUGGAUCGACGGUGGAUGAGACGAGUGAAACGGAUGAGGCCAUUCUGCAGAGUCGAACCUCUGACGAUCCGGCGCAGCAAACCACUUUACCUCUUGUUUCAGAGGGCGUGGACGACGAGCCGUCUUCUCUCUCCACGUCCACCAGCAAUCAACGCAGCGACCGCGAAGAGAAGGAGGCGCACUCCCAUGCUGCCGUGGGCACGAACAGCGGCCCCGACUCAUCCAACACCACUGAAGUGACGACUGCGGAUGUUACAACAGCCACCAUUGAGCCCAACAGCGAUCCAACAACUGUUCAACGCGAAGAUGACGUGCCGGAUUACGUUGGUGCUGCACCGAAUCAUCCGAGCACAGAGCCUGGGGAAAGAGAUAUCCAAUCGGAGUCCAACGCAGCGCCGCUCUUGGGCAAUGACCUUUUUGAUGUGGAGAAUAUCACCGACUUGUUUUCUGUGGGUGUGAAGGGUGACAGCACCGUGCAGGGUUGUGUAUCUCGGGUGCUAUUAUUGCUGCUGCUUCUGGGGCUGUGGGGCACUGUGGCUCUCUGCUGA